AUGGAUAUCCUCAAGCCUGGGUAUCUCAUUUUUCUUCUUCUUGCUCUGAUAAUCGUCAUUGAGGCUGCGGGCCGCCGGACGCCUGCAUCCAGCUCUGCAGAACUGGUUUCAGAUGGCUCUGAUGGUCAUGAAGUCACAAAACAAGCUUUUUAUUUACUCAAUGACAAAGGAUUGGAUUCUGAAAAUCAGGAAUGCCAGCAAAUGUAUGGCUUCUUGCCGUGCUCGAAUAAUGUUUUCGGGCAUCUUUUUCUGAUACUGGUGUAUGAAUAUCUACUGUUUCAUGGAGAAUCAUAUUUGGCUGUUGGAGGGGAGGAAAUUUUUAAGAUUCUUGGCCCUGGUGUGUUCGGUGCUAGUGCAUUUCAUCUCAUCAGUGCCCUUCCUGAGACCUUGUUAGUACUUGCAUCUGAACUCCUAAGCAGUAAAGAGGUAGCUGAAGAAUAUGUCUAUUCUGGAGUUGGGUUGUUGGCUGGAUCUUCAAUCUUGCAGCUCACUGUAAUCUGGGGAACUUGUGCAAUACUUGGCUGUCAUGUCCUUCACUGUGAACUUCCACCUCCAUCUUCUUGUCUAAUGAUUAGAAUUACAGAUUCUGGUAUAACUACUGAUAAGGAAACUAGCUACAUUGCGAGGAUUAUGUUUUCCUCAGUGACACCAUUUCUGAUCAUUCAACUCCUGAAGGUUGUCCCAUCGUCAUCUGGGCAACAAGCAGUGAUGUUGACUGAUCUUUUUGUUACCCUUGUGUUCUUAUUCUUGUACUUCAUCUAUCAGAUUUUCCAGCCGUGGAUUCAACAAAGAAGAUUGGAGUAUGUGAAGCAUGAGUAUUUAGUUUUAAGAAUUUUGAAGCAUGUGCAAAAACAUGCUCUAAGACAAAUCCUCACUGAGGAUGGCAGGCCAAAUAUAGCUGCUAUACGAAGGUUUUUUGAAGAUAUAGAUAAUAACAGAGAUGAUGUCAUAUCACCUUCAGAGCUAAGGGAGGUUCUUCUUGAGGUCAAGUUUAAAGGACUGCAUAUUGAUAAAGAGAAAGCAGUUGCAGAAGUGAUCAAAGAGUUUGACAUUGAUGGAGAUCAGAAAAUAACCAAAGAUGAGUUUGUGACUGGAUUUACAAGGUGGCUUGAUGAGGCAAAGAAUGCAAUGGAUAAAAAAUAUUUUUCACAAAAAUCCUUAAGAGACAUAUACAGAGUUUUCCAUCCCUGGAUUCAAAACAAAAGGAAAGAGCGUGAAAUGAAGAAAAAUCUGAUAUCAGAAAUAUUACAGCAUGUCGAAAAAAAUGCAAUAGAAAGUCUUAUGGGAGAAGAUGGCACACCUGAUGAAGCUACUAUUAGAAGGUUGUUUGAAAAACUUGAUCAUGACGGAAAUAACUUCAUUUCUCAACAAGAAUUGAAAGAACUGAUAGUUGAUAUCAAGUUUGGUAAGUUUCCUUUGAAUGCAGAUGAAGCUGUAGCCAAAGUGAUUGAAGAACUUGACACAAGUGGAGACCGCUUGAUAAAUGAAGAAGAAUUUGUCUCUGGAAUCGCAACAGUGUUCAAAGCUACCCCAUCUUUUAAUGAAGUUCCUUCAAAAACCGAGACUCAAAAUGACAUCUAUAAAAAAACUUGGGAAGAAGCAGACAAGCUGGUGGAUGAUGAAAAGAGUAACGGAGAGGUUGAAGAUAAGUCAACGUGGGCUUGGUGUAAAGCCAUAAUGUACGUGGUGACUGGCAUUGUUAUAUUAUCUGUUCUAGCUGAACCUCUGAUUUACAGUGUUGAAAAUUUCUCCAAUUCUGCAAACAUUCCAUCUUUCUUCGUCUCGUUCAUUUUAGUUCCAUUAGCAACCAAUUUUAGAGCAGCAAGUUCGGUAAUCUCCGCCGCAUAUCAAAAGAAGCCACGGACUACUUCCUUGGCACUCUCUGAGAUCUAUGGUGGUGUAUUUAUGAACAAUGUGCUGGGUUUCACCGUUCUGUUGUCUCUAAUCUAUUUCCGGGGAAUCACGUGGGAAUUUUCUGCUGAGUUGCUGGUUGUAGUGAUCGUUUGCACUGUGAUGGGUGCCAUUGCGAGCUUUCGCUUCACCUUCCCUUUGUGGAUAUCGGUUAUGGCGAUUCUGCUAUACCCUUUAUCUCUAUUCCUCGUUUAUCUUUUGAAUGAUGUUCUGGAUUAUGUUUAA